AUGGAGGAAGAAUCGCGAGAUUUUAAGUUUGACGCCAAUUUCUCGAUCCCGGUUUUACGGCUACAUGCAAUGCACCUACCGAACGACCACGACCGUAUCGGAACCGAUAAGGUCGACUGUCUGGAUGCUUUUUUGUUCUCGACACGUGGUGAAGUCCAAGAG